UACGGCACAGGCCCAUGAACGGGAACGGGAGCCGUGCGUGGCCGCCAACGGAAACGGAAGCAUCUCCCUGAAAAACGGAAACGGAAGCAUCCCCAUCCCGUGCCGUGCUCGCAGUCCCAUCUCGCAUGGACUCCACCGCGGCUGCUGCUGCUGCUGCUACCGCGGCCGCGCCGGUGCUGCUGGUGACGAACGACGACGGGAUCGACGCGCCGGGGCUCCGCUUCCUCGUCGACCAGCUCGUCGCCGCGGGGCGGUACCGCGUACUCGUCUGCGCGCCCGACACAGACAAAUCGGGUGUGAGCCACAGCAUCACAUGGCGUGCUGCACUCCGCUGUAAACGUGUUGAUAUAACGGGUGCUACAGCAUUUGGAGUUUCAGGAAGUCCUGCUGACUGUGCCUCUUUAGGCAUCUCUGGAAAACUCUUUGAUGGUUUGGUUCCUGAUCUGGUACUUAGUGGAAUCAACAUUGGAAACAAUUGUGGGUACCAUGUCAUUUAUUCUGGAACAGUUGCUGGUGCUAGGGAGGCAUUCUUAUAUGGGAUUCCUGCGAUAUCUAUGUCAUAUGAUUGGGUUGCGGGUCGGAGCAGUGUUAAUGAGCUCAAGGUGUCUGCAGAGGUCUGCAUGCCUCUGAUAAAUGCUAUCGUGACUGAGAUCAAGAAUGGGACUUAUCCUCAAGGAUCAUUCUUGAAUGUAGACGUACCAACAGAUGCUGCACACCACAAGGGCUACAAAAUUACAAAACAAGGAACAUAUAUGGCCAGAAUUAGUUGGGAGCAAACGGUUUACAAGAAGCCUGCGGUAGAAAGUUACCAGACAGCAAACAUGGAUGUUGAUGGCGAAAAGGAUAGCGAACUAGUUACUUCAGAAAAUGACCUACUGUUUAAGAGAGUGAUUGUAGGGAGAAGUGCCGAUGGAGUGGAAGGAGACGAAAUGGACUACAAGUCCCUAGUUGAUGGAUACAUCACUGUUACUCCUUUGGGUGCUCUUUCCCACUCAGAACCAGAUGCCAUACCCUAUUUCAAAGCUUGCGUAUCACGUCUGUGACCAGGAUGGCAGGAUGCUUACCAGACAGGCCAGACAGGACCUCCUGAUGUCAUCGCUUGGCCACAGAGUAGCGAAUAAUCUACAUAAAUAUCAAGCAUAUUAUUUGAAUUACCGCCACACUAUAUAGUAACGAUAAUUCAUAUUAUUUGUGGCAUGCAUUCAUGAAAUAAUUCAGUUUAUGGUAAUUAUGCUUCAUCAAUAAUUCAAAGUUUUUGUAAUUUCAUGGCUUCGUUA